UAGUGCGUAGUGGAAGUGCGGGGAAUCAGGUUGUUUUCUAGCCAGUGGCUCUUCGGCGUAUAAGAGGGCGUGCAUGCGUUUGAGCAUUAGAACUGAAGCUGUGGCACUUAAAGCGUGAUACUGUACGAGUGAGUGAACGAACGGAUGGAUGCGACACCUUAUUUGACAAAUACUACUUUGUGCCUACCACGUUGCUGAACACACCGGGUGGAUUUACUGAGAACAGUAGGAACUGCAUAGAUGGCAAACAUGGCCUCUGCUUCAUCCAGCAGUGAAAGCGAGUCGCAAAGUGUGCUUACCUGGGACCAAGUGAACCGCUUGAAUGAUGUGCUAACGGAAGCUGUGCCAGUCCACGGCCGUGGCAAUUUUCCCACCCUGGAGGUACGGCUGAAGGAUAUUGUACAGAUAGUAAGAACCCGUCUUGAGCUGAGGGGCAUAACGGUCAAAGAUAUACGUCUGAAUGGUUCCACAGCCAGCCACGUACUGGUAAAGGACAUUGGCUGGAGCUACAAAGACCUGGACGUCAUCUUCAGGGUAGACCUUCCUCGGGAAGAGGAGUUCCAGCUCAUCAAAGAUGUGGUUCUGGGCACUUUGUUGGACUUUCUUCCUGAUGGGGUGAACAAAGAGAAAAUCACUUCCAUGACCCUGAAAGAGGCCUAUGUUCAGAAGUUUGUCAAAGUCUACACCGAGCAGGACCGCUGGUCCCUUAUCUCACUGUCCAACAACAAUGGCCGCAAUGUUGAACUGAAAUUUGUGGACUCGAUUCGGAGGCAGUUUGAGUUCAGUGUGGACUCGUUCCAGAUCAUUCUGGACUCUGUGCUGUCGUACUAUGACAUCUCCAAAAGCCCCAUGUCUCGGCACUUCCACCCUACUGUGGUCGGGGAGAGCAUGUAUGGUAACUUUGCUGUUGCUCUGGACCACCUCAGGAACAAGCUUAUUGCAACCAAAAGGCCAGAGGAAAUCCGUGGAGGUGGUUUGCUAAAAUACUGCAACCUCCUAGUGAGGGACUUCAAGCCCACGGACGAAGAGGAGUUCAAGGCCCUGGAACGUUACAUGUGCUCUCGUUUCUUCAUUGACUUUCCUGACAUUGGUGAGCAACAGCGAAAACUGGAGGCUUAUCUGCAGAGCCACUUUGUUGGUGAGGAGAAGAACAAGUACAACUACCUCAUGAUCCUGCGCCGGGUUGUGAACGAGAGCACUGUGUGCCUCAUGGGACACGAGAGGCGGCAAACGCUUAACCUUAUCUCGCUUACAGCAUUUCGGGUGCUUGCGGAGCAGAAUGCCAUACCUGAUGCGUCCAGUGUCACCUGCUACUACCAGCCAGCUCCUUAUGUCAGAGACCUAAACUUCAACAACUACUACGUGGCCUCUUGUAACCAGUCCAUUCCAACUUGGUUGCCUUGUAAAUAAGACACAUCCAAAAACACAAGUUGGCCAGAAAGCUGGAUAUUCGGCCAAAAGGGUUUUUUCCCUUCUGUAGGCAUAAAGGAUAUUUAAAAUGACAAGUGUUUUCAAUUUCUUUCUUUUGCUUUUUUUAAUUUUUGUCUACAGAGGUGUCACGACAUUUUCUAAUCCAAAGCUAUAUAUUUUAGUGCUUGAAUUAAGUAUAUUUCUUUUUUCACUUAAUGUACUAAAUUUUCAGAUUAGUUUUUGUCGCUCUCAGCUCUGACUGAGAUAAAAAUAUUUUCCACAUUGAAAAACUAUUGCCAUAGUGCCUUAAUAUACUCUAACCCUUAAAAGUGAAGGAUAUAUUGGGACAAAAAAAAAAAAAAGAUAUUUUUCCGGUGUGUUAAAACAUAAAAGUGCAAAAUGGCCACUCGCACACAAAAAAAGCAAAAAAUAAAUAUAUAUAAAUAAUUGGCUGAGGAAAAAAAAUACAAAACUUGUAAAAAAUUGGAAGAAAAAGAUAUAAAAGAUUUGAGCACAGGUGAACGUUAUCAGGAGUUUUUUUGGUACACUGGUGGACAGCUAGUUACUUUUGUUCUCAUGAUUUGAAAUGUGAACUGAAUCAUGUUGAAGUAUUCAUAGCAAUGUGCUUCAGUUUGCUGUGUGAAUGCAUAUUACUUUUUUGGUGUUCCACCGUAAGUUUUUGAGAAAUUACUAUAGUGCUAUUUGUAAAUUGUUCAGUCUUGCUUAUGCUCAUGGUGAGACUGAAAUUGGUUGCAACAUGCACAUUAAGAUGGUUUUGUCCUUUUCCAUAGACCUGAGAGAGCAGUAAAAAGGAAUUUUUUUAUGAGGCAAUGUUUAUGAUCUAGAUAAGGAUAUAGUAGUUCAAUCUUCUAGAGAGCGAGAGGGUUAAUCUUGAAUCUCGAUAAUGAAUGUGCGCUUAUGUUUUUGAAUAAGAGGGAAAUGUCAAGGUUCUUCAUAGAAGCAUCAGCUCCUUAGCAUUUUGCAACCAGUAGCAGACUUUGCAUUGCCGUGUGUAACAAGAUCUUCAGUCUCCUGUGGCCUAGCCAAGCCAACUGGUGUCACAGUGCUCUAAAAUUAUCCCUCUCCCUGCACCUCAUGUGCCUUGAAUGGACAGUGUAUGGGGCGGAAUUUCUAAUGGGGCAACUGUCUUUCCUGUGCUUCUGACUCCGGUCACUGUAGAUGAGGGGUGAAUGCUGGUAUGUCACCAAUCCUUUUCUGGUAAUUGAGGGCUGGGAGGAGUUGCCAGAGCCAGGGGCAUACCUUUUACAAUUUCAAAUAGAUGUAAAAGUGUGUGGAUUCCUUUUUCAUUUUUGGCUCUAAUCAAUGUUGCUGUUCAUAAUCUUCAUUGAGCUUUACUAUCUCCUAUCUUGAUUUGGCUGUGAAUUUGAUCGUAAAGGGACAGUUCACACAUAAAUGAAUUGCAGAUGUUGUUCCAAAGCCCAUAUGACUGAUUGACUUCCUUGGAAUACAUAAGGAGAUGUUAUGCAGAAUGUUAGCCUCAGUCAUCAUUCACUUUCAUUGCAUCUUUUUCUGUGCUAUGAAGGUGAUCUUUGGUGACUGAAGCUAACAUUCUGCCUAACAUCUCCUUUUGUGUUCUAUGAAAGAAAGUACUACAGAAUUGUGAGCAAUUUAUUUCAGAAUUUUCAUUUUUGGGUUGAACUAUCCCUUUGAUGACUUUAAUGAACACUGCAAUCAUCAGAGAUAUUAAAUCACUUAUGGUUUGUAUGUAAGACGGUAUUAAAUUAUUUGAAUAGCUAUUCUUGUCUGCCCUCUCCCUGUCCCGUACAUGCUUGUGUGUUCCUCUUUCACCAAUAGUCCAUUCAAAGAAAUGCUGGUGCAUUGUUAGCUGCUCUUAAGUAAUGGCCAACAGCUGCCCCCUGCCCCUCGGUUUCCCCCUGCUCACGUGUCACAGCUCAUGCUGGUUCAGCGCGUACAAGCACCUGCAUUAAAUAAGCACGAGAGCCACGUUCCUUCUCUUAUCUGCUGUCACACAGACUUGUAGGGUUAGGAGAAAGGUCACACCCCAGAGCGUGCUCUGCUAUAAUGGAGUUUUACUUUGUAUAGUGCCCCCCUCCCCAUCAAUUUCUUAAUCUUCUAUUUUUGGACAGUGGAUCAGUGUCUGAACCAACAACAGCACAUAGGUGCCUUUUUUGUGGUGAUCCAUUUGUGUUUGGCCUAUGAGGGUGUAUGAAACGAACAAAAAUACCAUGUAAAUCAUUCUGUCUGUCCAAUUGGUUUUAAUAAUGGUGAAAGAGGAUGAGUGAACUUGGACUUUUUGGUAGGAGAUUGCCCCCCUCUCAACGUUUUGCAACCCUAUUUGUCUAGUAAUUCCAUUUAUUCUGUGUCAUUUUCACAUCUUUUCUACAUCACCCCCGUAAUCUUCGCCAAACCAAAGUGGAAAGUGUGCAAUAAAUGGCAUUUUCAAAAUAUCUAAGGCCAAAUUGCUGGAAAAGAAUGCACUUUAAAGGCCUUGUCGUACUCUAAAGCCCUGUGAGCACAUAUUGUAAGUUCUAUGGGACUUUUUUCUUAUAGUAGAUGAUAGAGGUCUCAGGGAGAUGUCAGGAUGUGACAAAGGGCCACCGUGUAUCUUAAGAAUUGCGACUUGGUUUGAUCAGCACACUUCCUGAAAACAUGUUUGUUUUUUGUUUGUUUUUUUCUGAAAAUCUUUUGUAUUUCCAUUUGACUACAAAAAUGUCAGUUCAGUAGGAACUGGUGUCUCAAACAGUUGUUUAUUUUUAAAUGUCUUGGGGUACCAAUAUGAUCUGUAGUUGUUUUGGCCACAAAAGAAACUUACCUUAAACUGUAAUUUUCAAACAUGCUUGUUAGAAUCUCCUGUUUUUUUUUUUUUUUUGUUUUGUUUUUUUAAGCAUGCUUUUUUAUCUUGUCCAGAUGCGCUUCACUUAUAUAAGGCCUGGUGUGAUGAGGCUUGGCUCAUUUCCUAUUUAAAGUCUGUAUUCCAUAUGUUUCUUGGAAAGGAAGUGUUUAAAAUAGGAGAGCAUGCUUUUGUGUGUUUUGAAUUUAUGAUGUGUUCUAUUUUUAUUUUCUUUGUUCCCUUCUCUCACCUGUAACUCCAUAUUCCCUAGCGGUAGCCCCUCUUUCGUCAGUUGACAAAGGUGUUGGAGCUUUUGUAAUACAGCUCUGAAUGCACCUGUAACUUGGCGUGUGUGUGCAGGGGAGGUUUAUUGGACUUGGACAUGCUUGUCUAGAGUGCAAGUCUUAAUGAUGGAGGCUUUUAAAACCCUUUUGCAAUGUUGCAAGAAGAAUUGUGGAUUUCUGCAUAUUGUUUACUUUUUUUUUUUUUUUUUUUUUUUUGAUUGUUUUAUAUCUGUAGGAUGCUAUUGAAUGUGAGUUUAAAAAAAAAUGAAACUAUGUAUUAUUUUGAAAUAGUUCCUCUUAUGUCGACUUUGAUGUCGGCUUGGUGAUUAUGAUGUAGAUUCAUUAUGCCAUUUCGUUUGUCAGCACUUUUACCUUGCUAUAAUUUUCCUUCGGAUGGAAUUGAAAAUAAGGAAAAUAUGUAACAAGGGGGGAAAAAAAUAAAGUAUUG